CCCCCACCUGCUCACCCUCUGCCGACCGCCUGUGCUAUGGGGUUCUGAGAGGACCUUGCGCUGUCCUGGGAAGCAAUGCAAGUCUCCAUAGCCUGCACAGAGCACAAUUUGAAGAGUCGAAAUGGUGAGGACCGACUUCUGAGCAAGCAGAGCUCCACCGCCCCCAAUGUGGUGAACGCAGCCCGGGCCAAAUUCCGCACUGUCGCUAUCAUCGCUCGCAGCCUGGGGACCUUCACCCCUCAGCAUCACAUUUCUCUCAAAGAGUCCACCGCAAAGCAGACUGGCAUGAAAUAUAGAGAUACCCCAGAAGUUCAGGACAUGAAAGUUUGCUUUGCUAACUCCAAGAACAGCGUUCUUUAAUCUUCAGUUUUACAAU